GAAAGCUGUUGUGUUUCCUCAUCCUUCGACACUACUCCAGGUCAAAACCAUGCGUACGACUGGAUACGUUUGAAGAGGUCGACAUUUGGUGUUGGAACGAAGGUUUUUUUUUUCAUCCACGACGCUAAGAAUCUCAACAGAUCAAACGACGUGCAGGCGGCACCUGUGACUGGAAGGCGCACGAAUGCGAGCUGCAAGCCCGGCUGCCCCACGCGGAAUUUGACAAGGUUCCGAGUCUUGGUAUGAAGACUGCACUCGGCAGGCAGGGCUGUGUGAACUGAACACCGGAUUUCGGGGCUUUCCUGACACCCAAAUCCAUCCUCCGCGGUCCAGGUGGGACGCAAAUCACAACGAAAACGUUGACCGGCGCCUGAAGCAUCCAACCAUGGAUCCGCAGGCGGACACAACCAGCGGCACCAUGUCGAAAAAGACUGUCAUCGCGAAAAUUUUCAAAGUUCGAAAGAGAAGAGAAAUGCUCCUCGUUCAAGUCUGUUUCAUCUGCGGCGUGCUCACAUUAGCGUGGACUAUGUCUGCGGUGCUCACAAAAACAGGGCACGGGAUGGUGUCACAGGAGGCCGCAUUGCCCCCCACCGAUCGCCUGGGCCGGAGGCUGAUGGCGACUGCAGGGGAGAACGAGACGGAAGCCAAGAACUGUACUGAACCAGCCAUCCAUGAGUUCCCAGAGGAUGUGUUUACCAUCAAGCAGCGUGCACAGGGAGCCAUCCUGCUGCACAUAUUCGCUGCCCUCUACAUGUUUCUGGCCUUGGCUAUUGUCUGCGAUGACUACUUUGUGACCUCACUGGAGAAGAUAUGUGAGAAACUGCACCUGAGUGAAGACGUGGCAGGAGCUACCUUCAUGGCAGCCGGAAGCUCAGCACCAGAACUUUUCGCUUCGAUAAUAGGCGUCUUCAUCACCCAUGGAGAUGUGGGGGUGGGCACCAUCGUGGGCUCCGCUGUCUUCAACAUCCUCUGCAUCAUCGGCGUGUGCGGCAUCUUUGCUGGCCAGGUGGUGUACCUCACCAAGUACGCCGUGUUCCGUGACUCUUUCUACUACACGCUGUCUGUGGUGGCUCUCAUUGCUUUCAUUUAUGAUGAAAAGAUAGUCUGGUGGGAAAGUCUGGUUCUGUCGGUCAUGUAUCUAGGAUACAUUCUCAUCAUGAAGUUCAACACAAAAAUUCAAAACUUCUUCACGGGGAAGGACGAUAAGAACGUAGCAAAUGGAAACACGGUCAGCGAGAUGGACGAUGGUAAUGAUAUUUAUGAGGCUAUUUUGGAUGAUCCAUCACUGCCUCUGCUGUACCAAGUGAAGCCCGGCGGCAAGGGCUACGGCCGGGGAUCCGUGGUCAUGGUGGACGAGAUGAUGAACUCCAGCCCGCCCAACUACCGCUUCCCGGAGGCAGGUCUCCGCAUCAUGAUCACCAAUCACUUUGGCCCCAAGACCCGCCUGCGCAUGGCCAGCCGCCUGAUAAUCAACGAGCAACAACGGAUGGUGCAGGCAUCCAACGGGAUGGAUGGCACGGCGCUGGGCGACGGUGGCAAGAUGGAGGCCCUGGAGAACGGCGGCACGGUGCCCGACGACAAGCUGGCAGAGGAGGGCGACGACGGGGAGCAGUCAUCUCCCUUCAGCCUGCCAGGUGGCUGUGUGAACAAGCUGAAGUGGCUCAUCUCCUGGCCCAUCCUGCUGCUGCUCUACUUCACCAUCCCCAACUGUGGCAAGCCUCGCUGGGAGAGGUUCUUCAUGCUCUCCUUCUGCCUCUCCACACUCUGGAUCGCCAUCUUCUCCUACUUCAUGGUCUGGAUGGUCACCCUGAUUGGUUAUACCCUGGGAAUCCCUGACGUCAUCAUGGGCAUCACGUUCCUGGCUGCUGGGACAAGCGUUCCUGACUGCAUAGCCAGUCUCAUUGUGGCUCGACAAGGUUUGGGGGACAUGGCAGUGUCCAACACCAUUGGCAGCAAUGUCUUUGACAUCCUGGUUGGUCUCGGGGUCCCGUGGGCGAUCCAGACUAUGGCAGUGGACUACGGCUCUGCGGUCAUGAUCAACAGUAAGGGGCUGGUCUACUCUGUGGUCUUGCUACUCGGAUCAGUGGCACUAACGGUCCUGGGCAUCCACGUGAACAAAUGGAAGCUGGACUUCAAGCUGGGCAUGUACGUGAUGAUCCUCUACGCCGUCUUCCUCUGCUUCUCCAUCCUGAUCGAGUACAACGUGUUCACCUUCGUCAACCUGCCCAUGUGCAUUGACAAGGUGUAAAGGUGUGCAACUGU